CACUCAGUCCUUAUAGGUCUGGACUUGACGACGGCUACAAAAAAAAAAAAAAAAAAAGUGUGCCUUUGUUUCUUCGCUACACCGAAGAACGAAAGAGAGAACGAGAGUGAAGUUGCAGCGAGAAAUCAGGAUAUGGUGGGCUCGGAGUAUGUGUAUGUACCAGUAAGGCCUGAUCUAAGACGUCUUCCCAAAGACAUUUCCUCACGUCUGAAGAAGAAUCUCUUUAGCGAAAUAACAUCAAAACAACUAAAACAGUUCCUGCAUGGUGAAGAAUUUGAAAAAGCUGAAGGCACUACUCGUAAAGGCCUUUUUAGGCUGUCUGAUGAUGGGAAGAUUCUCAUGUUGUUUUGGCAGCAGGAACCGAAACAUCAAGCGAGGAAACAGUUUUACAGAGAGCUUGUGGAACUCGAGUUAUGGGAGAAGCUUUCUGGUCCUAUUCGAGACCAAAUGAAGCACAUCCAGUGUUGGGCCUAUAGCUCCACUGAUUCCAUCUCCGCCCUACGAGUUAUCCGUCUGUUGGAUGACGAAUUUGUUCCUCUGUCUACGUGGUACCUCCACUCCCACGUGCAUCCUGAGAAGAUUGGCAAUGACCCAACUGGUAAAGUCGGUCAUUCCUGUUAUGCAACUACUACCCGUCAAGCCUUUCAGUUCAUGUUAGACCACGGAGGAGUGCCUAAAGAAAGAGUGCUUGUGUAUGACUGUAAUCAAGACCAUCCAGCUGAUUCAGAACCUCACAUCACCAUCGACUCUUAUGACACCGUCGACACCUUAGAAGAAGCACUGGCCCAGCUCUGCAAACAGCCAAUCGGGGCUUCCCUUCUAGACUUCUCUGAACUUUGGGGACUCGGUGAGGAUGACAUUUACUACGGACCUACAAAGCCAAAUUCUCGUUUCCUUGGUUAUCACGGAGUCGACAUUGUCGACAUACAGAUUCACAAUGGGGAAGUGGUUGCACUCUGCAAAUCGAGCAACGGCACGGAUAUCGGCCAUAAUGGAUACUUCCGAGUCUCACUAGCUAUUCUACAUAUGAUCAUUGGCGUCGGUGAUCAGGAGAAUGCAGAGACUGUUCGACCAACGCCGACUCCGCAGCCCUUGCUAUCCAAUUUCAUCUUCCCGAUCAUACAUGAAACUCCAAACCCCGAAGGAGAAGGAGAAGGAGAAGGAGAAGGAGAAGGAGAAGGAGAAGGAGAAGGAGAAGGAGAAGGAGAAGGAGAUGGAGAAGGAGAUGGAGAUGGAGAUGGAGAUGGAGAUGGAGAAGGCCAAGGCCAAGCUGAGAAGCAGGAACUUAAGAGGAAGCGUGGUGAACCCACACACGAGAGGAAACGGCGGUGUACACCGAAGCGUCGGAACUUAAGAAGAAGAAGGCCGUUCCAGGACCAUGGAGAUAAGCAGAAGAAGAAGCAGAGAAGUGGCUGAGAAGAAGAAGCGGCUGAGAAGAAGGAGCUGUGUGAGAGAGUGAGAGCUUUUUUUUUUUGGUUCUUUAACCCCUUAAAGCAUCUGUUAGCUAUAGUAAAGGGAAGAAACUAAUGUCUUUUUUGUCUCCUCUUAACUCAUCUCUCCUCGGUUAGGUAUUUUGGCUGGUUAGGUCUUGUUUGAAAACUUGCGAUUCUGCAAUAUGGCUACAUUAUUGACACUUAAUGUAAUACUUCCAUGUACGCCCUGGUGGAUCUAUGAUUCCUCA